AAAAAAAAUUAUCCCAAAAAAAGGGCUAAAACCAAACCCCAUUUGAACUCUACCUUAGCAGCAGCCAAAUGCUCCCAGGGAAUUUUGCUUUCUGUUACUCUGCAAGUCUUUCAGGUGUUAGAAGUGAUUUCUUAAUAUAGAUUAUCCAUUUAAGCCAGUCUGGUGUUCAACUGCUGCUACUUCAGCGACUUUAUUUAAGAUGGCAGCUUGUGUGUCACCAUAUUGUACUCCUUCUGAUACUAUAAAUCCUAUGGGGAUGUUAACUGUUCUUGGAGGAAGAGUAAAAAUGGAGAAUCACCUGGGGAGAAUUGGCUCUCUGAAAAUAUCUGAUGAUAAAAAUAGGUAUCUGGAUGCCAGCCAAAGGUCAAACUUUUCUUAUUUUAAAUGUUUAGCGAAGUCUCAUAGUGUCAGUCCAUAUCACAACAAAGACUCUUUUCUGGAUCUGCACCCUGAAAUUUCAAUGCUUAGAGGUGAGGGGAACAACACAGCAACCACUCCAAGGAAGGAUACUUCAAGUGGAACUGUUACUGACAGAUUCGGAAAGGAAUCUAGUCCAAGUAAUUAUAGUGAAGCUAAAAUCAAAGUAAUUGGCGUUGGAGGUGGUGGAUCAAAUGCAGUCAAUCGCAUGAUAGAGAGUGCGAUGAAGGGUGUGGAGUUUUGGAUUGUCAACACGGAUGUGCAAGCCAUGAAAAUGUCCCCUGUUUUUCCUGAGAAUCGUUUGCAAAUUGGUCAGGAGCUGACAAGAGGACUUGGAGCUGGAGGUAACCCAGAGAUUGGAAUGAAUGCUGCCAAAGAAAGCAAAGUGGCAAUAGAAGAGGCACUUUAUGGUUCUGAUAUGGUCUUUGUCACGGCUGGAAUGGGUGGGGGAACAGGCACAGGUGGAGCUCCUGUGAUUGCAAAUGUUGCAAAGUCAAUGGGUAUAUUAACAGUUGGUAUAGUCACUACUCCCUUUUCUUUUGAGGGACGAAGAAGAGCAGUUCAGGCCCAGGAAGGAAUUGCCGCUUUGAGAGAUAAUGUUGAUACAUUGAUUGUCAUACCCAAUGACAAGUUAUUGACUGCUGUUUCCCAGUCUACCCCAGUAACAGAAGCAUUUAACCUGGCUGAUGAUAUUCUGCGUCAGGGUGUUCGUGGUAUCUCUGAUAUCAUUACGAUUCCAGGAUUGGUUAAUGUGGAUUUUGCUGAUGUGAGAGCUAUAAUGGCAAGUGCAGGAUCUUCAUUAAUGGGGAUAGGAACUGCAACUGGGAAAACGAGGGCAAGGGAUGCCGCAUUAAAUGCAAUUCAAUCACCUUUAUUGGAUAUUGGUAUAGAGAGGGCAACUGGAAUUGUGUGGAACAUAACUGGUGGAAGUGAUUUGACUUUAUUUGAGGUUAAUGCUGCAGCAGAGGUUAUCUAUGACCUUGUAGAUCCAACUGCAAAUUUAAUAUUUGGAGCAGUGAUAGAUCCAUCACUAAGCGGUCAAAUCAGCAUCACUCUAAUUGCAACUGGAUUCAAACGGCAAGAGGAAAAUGAAGGCAGGCCUCUCCAGGCAAGCCAACUUUCUCCUGGGGAUGGAACCUUCGGAACCAAUCGGCCAUCCUCAUCAUUUACCGAAGGUAGUUCAGUAGAGAUUCCUGAGUUCCUCAAGAAGAAAGGCCGGUCUCGCUAUCCAAGACUUUAAAUUUUACUUCAACAGUUGUCCAAAUCCUACACAUAUCUGCUUUGCUAGGAUGUCCAUCCUAUGGAAGCUACAGUACAUCUCUGGUAGGUAGGUAAUAGUUCCACAGAGCAUCCCCUUGUGGUUUCUAGCUUUGAGAUAUGAAGCAUAUGCUGGUUAGAAAAUAGUAUUACUAAUAAGUUGUAGAUGCUUUGUCUUCAAAUUGCUAAGGAGAACAAAUUACCUGUGUUGUUUUCCUUAACAAAUAUUUCAAUAAUUUCAGGAAUUUUUCUGGUUUGUAUA